AUGGAUAUUGAGAGAUGGCUGAACGAGACUGCAGAGGCAGGAAUCCCUCCGAAGCAAGGUCAAGCUUCAGACUCCGCCUUCUUCCAACCUACAGAGAUACCUCGGGCUGUGUUCAAGGACAAACAUGCACGGAAGCGAGCCAGAUCCGACAGCUCGCUGCUCGCCCCUCAAACCUACUUGCCGAGAGUGUCACCAGUGAAGACAAAGCCCACGCCUGAAAAGCAAGUGGAUACGAGUGCUCACAGCGACGCAUCGCGCCCUAGCCGAAGCGAUUCUACCGGCAGCGAAUCAUCGAGCCAUCGGUAUGCACGACGACCUCGCCGUAAGACGCGCCCAGAGCUUUACGAGCCGAAACGAAACAAGGAGCGGGGCAAACAUGUGCACCAGAGUCGAAAGGACGAAUCAAAGAAUCCGAGGCGCAAGUCAAAACGCAAGAAGGGCGACAAAUCGGACAGUGGCGUAGCUCAAAAUUUCCACGCCAAGAACGUUUCCAGGGAUCGGUUGACUCUGAAGCCGAAGGACCACCUAGGCAUCUUCAACAAGGGCAAGACCUCGACGGCUGUUCGAGGUCGUGGAUCUGACACGACUUCAGUGCCCGAUCUUGUCUUCUCCGAGAUGAAGUUCUUGCAGAAAGAAAAGGACCAACCAGAGUCAACUCCCGAGCAAGGUACUUCAAAGAAGAAACGCAAAAAGGAUCACGUGCAAACGAAAGAGGGAGAGAUAUCUGCCUUCUUCACCUCGGUACAACCUGCUCUGGCGGAGAAAGACAACAAUGUGCCAACAAAGCAGGCUCGGGCGGUGGAGGACUUGAUUACGGCGAUCCGACAUCACGAGCCGGAGCAGUCGUCAAAGUCUAGCGGCGUCGUACCAACAAUUGAAAUUCCUGGCAAGGGAUCCUACCUGGGAUUUGGAAGCAGGGGACCUCGACACGAAAGUACAAGCUAUGUGUCGUGGCCAGAAUCUGUCCGAUCACCGGACCUGACCCCCAGACGUCCGAAGCAUCCGCCUGUCGAAAACCACGACCCCCACCAGGUCUCAAAUCAUCGCCAAUUAGGCAUCAACUUAAGUGGCAGGGGAGACUGCAGGCUCAAGGUUCCUGUGCCGCCUAUACCGCGCAAGCAAAGGAGCAAUGAAAGCACUGAGCGCUUCCAGAUGUCUUCCGUGGCUCUUUCUCAGAACAGGAUGUCAAGAUCUCACUCAUACCCCCAGCACACUUCAUCGCCACGCAAGUUAGAUCUUGUGGACCGCGCCGCAAAGUUCCAGUCCACUGAGUCUGUCGGCUCUCCGUCAUCGAUGCCACCGUUCGUGUCGAAGCCCGCCAGAGUCGAUGUUGAAUACCGUGAAUCUGGCGUCAGUGCAAAGUCUGCAACGCGUCAAAAAGCCACCCAUUCGGCUACCCACAACACUGUGGUGAACUCGCACCGACCUGAAGGGCACAUGGACGACGUGCGCGAAACUUCUUCGGACCUCGGGAGAGCCAUACAACACUGCAACAGAACGUACAGUGCACAACGAUGCGCCACAGAGCCACACAGAAGCCACCGUGAAGUAGAUGCACCUUACAUCAGUAACAAAGUGACUAGAGUCGCGCCAGUGGCUAUGGCCAAGACACACAGACGACCUACUGUUCGGUUUCAAGAGAUAGAGGCACCUGCGCCCAGGGCUCCGAACUUUUCAGGCCGCAGUAUUUACCAACAGCAAGCGGAGCGAAUGCAUUUCCCGGGAGCGAUCGUUGAGGAAGAAUUUUCCGACUUUAAUUCGCCCGAGGAGGAGCUGAUGCAUUCUCAAGCCAACGCGCCAGAUUGGUAUGAUGAGGUCGAGGGACCACCGUCGUAUGGAAGGGAUUAUGAGGCGACAGAUCCUGGAUUAGGGGCUCUGGGUACGAUGGUUGGCAGUGUGCAGCGCAUAUCGACAGAUAACACUGUAGUUGCUCCAGGAUUCUGGCGUCCCAAUAGAUUGUACUGA